AUGGCUCACGCAGUGACGGCAGAUGACAUCAGGGAGGUUGAUACCAACGUUGCCACUCUUGGCCAUGUACGUCUCCGCCAUGUCGACACUCAAGAAAUCAUUUUGGUGCCAACUCCGUCUUUGGAUCCCAAGGAUCCCUUGAAUUGGCCAAGGUGGUUCAAGACAUACACAGCAAUUGCGGUGUGUCUAGCCAUCCUCAUGUGCAACUUUCUUGCUGCCGGACCGACACUUGCUAUUGUCGAGACUGCUCAAGACUUCUUCCCCGAUUGGCAGAAGACUGGUCUCGACGGUCCCAUCGCCAAGACUGCCUACUUUUUCAACUGCACUGCCUUAUUCCAGGGUCUCGGAAAUCUUUUCUGGAUGCCGUUAAUUAAUAAGUAUGGACGUCGGCCCUCAUAUGUAUGUGCUUUCACUCUAUAUGUCAUUACGGCUAUAUGGUGUGCCGUAGCUAAGCAAUAUGCCAACUUUCUUGUUGCUCGAAUCAUGAUGGGUUUUGCAGCUGGUGCAGGCGAAUGUCUUGCUCCUGUCACUAUUGCUGACUUGUUCUUCCUUCACGAACGUGGAACAUGGACUGCCGCCUACACCGCCUCGCUCAAUCUUGGUGUAGCUUCGGGGGCCAUCAUUGAUGGCUUUAUUGUUCGAUACCACCCUUGGAGGUACAUCUACUACGUUGCUAUCGCUAUCAUCGGCUUCGUUACCAUUCUGGUCUACCUGACCUUCCCAGAAACUGCAUACAUCAGAAAACCAGAGCCUCUUACCCGUGAAGAUGCUAAUGAUGCCGAAGGUAGUCGGUCCAGCAUCAAGGCUGGCGCAGAGCACGCGGAAGUCCGCCGUUUGGUUAGACCUACUCCCAAGGUCUCUGAGUUCCUCUGGAGAGGACUCAAACUUUAUAACGGCACCUUCACGGAAGAGUCACUUUGGAAAAUGAUAUUCCGUCCCGUGAUGCUCCUCGCUUUGCCCAAUGUUCUCUGGGCUACACUUGUUAUGUCUGUCACAAUUGGCUUCAUCACAGCAAUCACGUCGAACGUGGCUCCCGCCUUUGCUACUGCUUACGGCUUUGCCGCUUGGCAGUCUGGUCUGGCGUUCUUUGCUGCUGUUAUUGGUGCAUUUAUCGGCAUGUUCCUGGGCGGCUCGUUCUCUGAUUGGGUUGCUGAUAUCUUCACCCGUCGUAACGGUGGUAUUCGUGAACCUGAAUUCCGUCUACCAGCUAUUAUGCUCAGCGUAGUCUGCGGGCCAUUGGCACUCGUCCUUUACGGCGUUGGUAUCGAGCACAAAAUGCACUGGAUUGUACCAACCAUUGGCAUUGGCUUAAUCAACUUCUGUAUCACCCAAGCAACCAAUAUCUCCCUCGUAUACACUAUUGAUUGCUAUCGACCAAUUGCGGGUGAGAUCGUUGUCACUCAGCUCGCCUUUAAAUCCGCUUUUGGUUUCUUACUUGGUUUCUACACUAACCCUUGGGUGAAUGAGGCCGGUUAUCAGACUGCCUAUGGGACUAUGGCUGCUAUCUGCGGUGGUGUCUUGGUCCUCUGGAUCCCUCUCUUCUUCUGGGGUCACAAGAUUAGAGUUGCCACACUUAGCUGGGGCAUUAUGAAGUACGCGCACUGGGAUAUCGAUAGAGAGGUUGGCGAGUAA